AUGACAGUCACGGUGGUGUAUGAUAACUCUGAGGCAACAGAGCUCUGUGCAGCUCAACACCUCUACCUCAAGCCUAUAGCAAAAUUAAUGAUCAACGUAUUGCUCCCAGAGUGUAUAGAACCUGUGAGGCCCUUCUCUAACUGGGAAGUUCUUGACCAACUGAAAAGCCUGAUUUGCCCUGACCAGUUCACCACAGUUCGGCUCUCCAAGAGUACAAAAGACUUCAUCCGUUUUGAGGGUGAGGCUGAAACUCGAAGUUUGGUUCAGAUCCUGAAGGCAAAGUUACAUGGGAAGAUCAUCAAGCUAAAUGGUUUGAAAACAGAUUUAAAAGUAGUGGCUACAGAUGCCCAGGGAGAGUGGGAGCACUUCCCCAAAGAAAAAGAAGCUUCUGUGAGUGAUGAGGCUGAAGAGCAGGACCAUGAUAAGAGCCCAGAUUCCAUAUAUUUUGAAGGCUUGCCCUGUAAGUGGUUUGCACCUAAAGGUUCCAGUGGGGAGAAGCCAUGUGAAGAGAUCCUUCGGGUAGUCUUUGAAAGUUUUGGGAAGAUCAAGAAUGUGGAUAUCCCCAUGCUUGACCCCUACAGAGAAGUGAUGACUGGUGGCAGCUUUGGGGGUUUUAGCUUUGGCUUGCAGACAUUUGAGGCCUUUAUACAGUACCAGGAGUCAACUGACUUUAUAAAAGCCAUGGAGUCCCUUCGAGGAAUGAAGCUGAUGCUUAAAGGAGAUGAUGGGAAAGCUCUGGCAUGUAACAUUAAGGUCAUGUUUGAUAGAACCAAACACUUCAGUGAAGGAGCUAUAAGAAAGAGAAAUCAGGAAAGGCUAAAACUACAAGAGUUGGAGGAAGAAAGGAAGAAAGAAAAGAAAAGAGAAGAGGAAAUAGCUGAAAGAAAAAGAAAAGAUGAGGAGAGGAAAGCCCAGGAAAAGAGGAAGAAGGCCAGGGACAGGAGGCGAGUCCUGAAGGAAAGGGACAGACACCGGCAAAGGAAACAGAAGGUGAAAGCCAAACCUGAGGCAUCUCAGGAGCCUGACUCUUCAGAGGAGUGGGAGGAGAGGAAGUACCUGCUGGCUCAGAAGCGGGUUGAGGCCCUUCGUUUACUACGGGUACUUCUGAAGAACAUUUCAAUGAGAAGGGAGAGCAUUGAAUGUUGUUAAGUUUAUGUUAGCCUAAUCUUGAAUUAUUUGGGAUCCACACAGUUGAACUCAAGAGAGGUUAACAUUAUAGACCACGAAGCUAAUUACACUCCAAGGACCACAUUGAAAACUAUGGAGGAAGAAGAGUUAAACACUCAGCUUCUUCCAAAUCAAGAAGACAUGCCAAAAUAUCAGGUUGCCAAGUCAGACAAUAAACAAAAACAAAAAAAGAAGAAAAGAAGCAGGGCUCACCUACAUAAAUCUUCCCACUUCUCUAGAGGAAAAAAAAUAAGAUACUCAAGUAGAAAAGAGAAAACUGGAAAAUUAUUAACUGAUGAAUACAAUUACCAUUUGGUCUCUGACCAGAAUUCCCUGCAUGUUACAAUGAUUCAAGAUCAGUCUCUUGAAAAAGAAGAGCACCACAGUUCAAGUAAAUCCUAUUCUUCCAUAUUAUCUGAGAUAGACUAUGGCAGGAAACAGAAGAUCUAUGAAACAGAUGAAUUUAUUAACUACCUGUUAAACUAUUUUCAAACUCCAAAAUAUGCCCGUAUCUGCUUAGAACCAACUCACCUGUCAAGCACAUGUGAGUGGCACAGAGAUGUCCAUGCUAAGGGGAAUGGAUUUCAGAUCACUUUGAUAAAACAUGAGUAUCACUCAACCAACUUGAGCCAAAUGGAAAACUUGGAAAGAAAAGGACAGAUUCAAGAUGAUUACUGGUUGAUGGUGUGUACUCAGGAUCCUAAGCAUAAGCCACAAAAGAGAGGAAAAGUGGACUAUACCAAAGAAUAUACUAAGAAAUUAAAAAAUGAUUGCAAGGAUAUAGCCAGUGAUGCUGGUGAUCAGCUGUCCCCAGCUGAUGGAGAGAACUACCUCUUAAAAAAGAUUCACACUUAUCAGUCCCAGUCUACAAGGAAAAGUCAAGUUUCCUCACCCAUCAGUUCAGCAGACUUCGAUUUGCAGUUGACAGAUUUCUUAGAGGAAAUUAGUAGUGAUUCUGAAUGUUUCAGUGACACACUCAGCAUAAGCAAAGAGGAGAAAGAGAAAUCUGUGACUGCAUAUCGUAGCUCUCCUGAAAAAGGAACUCUUGACACUGAUGAAAUCGUCACUUGCAAACAAAAAACUAGGUCAAGUCAGCAGACCUCAUAUUCAGAGUGGAAACAUGAGAAUGAGGAAAAAUACUCUACAUACAAUCUUAGGACACCAGGCAAAAGGUCUAAGUAUGAAGUGAAAUGUUCAUGGCUUGGAGAUGAAAACAGUUCCUUGAGAGAUGAGAAGAACAACAGUAAAAACAGGGGAAAACUAUCCUCCAAAUACUUGUUUGAUGAAGGCUACUCCUAUGAAUCCAGUUCCAGCAAUCAAUUAGAGGACAUCCCAAGAAAGAGGAGGAGGGCUAGUAGUAGUACAUUGGAUCAGGAAGUGGACUAUAGACCCUCUCAUGUGCCAACAACACCAUCAAAAAGUGCUAAUGUCCGUUUGGGAUAUUUUCCCCAAAGAAGAGAGACUCCUCAAAAAUCAGACUAUAACCAGAAUACAAGAAGGCUUAAAGUACAUGACAGUUCUAAAGAUUUCAUGUUUGAUUCUGAUAAUUAUUAUUUUAGACGUAUCAGUCAGGAAGACAUUAACUAUGAAGGAUAUUUAGGAAACAGUGACACUAGUUCUUCAAAUUUUCAAAUGUUUUGA